AUCGAUUGAUUGACGUCGCUCACGCUCGCGUGGGGGGUGUGGCUUAAAGGCUGUCCCGGGAAAAUUUAAGGACUGUUGUUGUAGGUUGUAAGAAUUCAGAAAAUAUCUAGGCCUAGCCAAGAUCUGAGGAUAAACAUUUUAAAAUAAAAUGUCGAGGACAAAGCAGACGAAGAUGAAUGCAUAUGUAAUGCCAAGCGGGUAUCUUAAAGCGGAAUCUGAAAAUAUUGAUCCUAAUGAAAAUGGAACACAAAAUAUGAGGAAAAGAAAAUCCAAAAAGACAAAUAGGCAGAUGAAGAUGCCAGCAUUUUGCAAACAUCAAAAAGAGACUGAAAGUGCUAAACGAAUAAAACGUGAGAAUGAUAGUGCUGGAGAUGCCAUAGAAUCAGGAAAACUUGAAAAUGCUGUUGAUGGAGAAAUAGCAGAUAUUUACAUUAUCAGUGAUGAUUCUGAAUGGGAUGAAAAAUUGUCACAAGAUCUACAACAUGCAAAACCAGGAGUAAAAUGUUUGACUAGAAAGGACACAAAAAUGCCUGGCAAACCUGUAUUAGACUAUUUAGUAAAGCCAGCGUUAAGAAGCCAAAAAGUAAUUGUGGGCUAUAUAUCAAAGCCAUUGACUGGCAGUCCGACUUUGGUUGCUGAAACUGUUGUCCAGAAAAUGUUGGAAAACAACAACCUUAGUGAAGGAAUGUUAAUUCCAGCCAAACUUGAUGAAGAUGCGAUAAUACCUGAUAGCUUAAAAGCAAUAGAAGUCGCCGAUGGCAGAGCCAGUGAUUUUGUUGACAGGGUGUUGAAAACUUUAAAUUGAGAAAGUUACUUGGUGACAGAAUUUAAGCUGAAUGUGUACCGCUAAAUCUACGGCGAUUGCCUUAGUCAGCACUGGAUGUGGCGAGUCCUGCAAGCUUGGCCCCUUGAAGGCCUCUCAAAACUAUUCUUAUUUUCAGUCUGAAUUGAAAUGUAAAUCAAAUCAGCUUUAGUCUCAUGAAUGUAUGAAUCAUUCAAAAUGUAUACAUUGUUUUAAAAAAGUAUCUUCUAUGCUAACUUCAUUACAUGUUAGACGAUUAUUUUAUUUUUAUUUUAUUUCAAAAAUCAUCCAACAGCGGAAGCCAAUUACAGGAUGUCUUAUAAUACAAACAAGUGAAAGAUAAAUAACAUUACAGUAUAAAAUGGA